UCAUAUCUAACAUUUGAUUGUUUAUAUGCUUAUUUAAUUGAAAGUGGAAAAGAAAGUGGUGAACCUUACGUUCGUAAUUAUCAUUUGAUUCCUUAUUGUAGACGCCCUGAUAAUAAUGAAGAACAGGAACAAGUUUUUUCUCUUGACAAUAAAAAUAUACAACAAACAAUAACUUUUGAUGAAUUGAAGAAGCAAGGUAUCACUAGUGAACAAUUACUUACAUGGUUUGCACCUAUUGAUAUUGCAGAGAAAUAUGAAAUAAAUAAUAAUAGUGAAGACAUUUUUUAUAAAUGUGUAUCACCAUGGUUUGGUUCCAUGUGUCAAUACAAAUUUCAACAUGAUUUAUCAUUAUCAUUCGGUGAUAUAGUUGAAGCUACAUUUAGCAAUUACUCAAAGUUAGUUACUAAUGAGACUAGUGGUACAUGUUAUCGAUUUUUAGAUAGUUGUCGUGGAAAAUUGUGGCCUCAAUGUCUUGAUUGGCGUGAAAUUUGUGAUGGAAAAAUGGAUUGUAUAAGUGGAGAAGAUGAACAAUGGUGUGAUCAAUUAGAAAUAACUAAAUGUGCUGAUAAUGAAUAUCGAUGUCAUUAUGGUGGUCAAUGUAUUCCACUAGCUUUUGCUAAAGAUAGCAGACUUAGUAUUGAUUGUCUUGAUGGUAGUGAUGAGCAAGAUCAUAUUACGGCUUAUUCUGUAUUAAUCAAUACAUAUUGUACGAAUGUUCAGACAUUUCGCUGUCAGGAACGUAUAGGUCGAUAUCCUAUGUCUUUUCAAUGUGGUGAUGGUCAAUACUCGCUUUUCUUUGCAGUACCUAGUUCCAUAACUAUGUGUUCGAAUAAGCGAGAUCUGGCAUUAUCUCGAGCCAUCCUUACUUCAUUCGAUUAUAUCUCAAACAUCAAUUGUCGAGAAGCAUUUUAUUGUGCUCUUUAUUCGAAUCGAACACAAGAUACAGGGCCAUUCCUUCCUGUGGACAUAAUGCCACGUCAAUCAAUUAUUAACCAUGUUUCGAAUAAAGAGUGUGAACCUUUAUCUAAAUAUUGUUCAAUGGAAUGGAUAGUCAUGCCUGAACAUCCUAUGAUGUUUGGAUUUAUUCAAUUUGUCUAUUUGACUAAUCGAUCGAUUGAUGAAUUUAAGAAAAGUGCUCUACCUGAUUUUAUAUGUUUUGAUGCGCAAAAGUGUCCUGCUUUAUUAGCUACUAUAACUCCCAUUAAUAUAAUUCAUGGUCUUACAUGCUGCAAUAUUUCUAAUCUGAUAAAUCAUGUCGAAUUUUUGGACUUUGAUCGAUUAAUAUCGACUUUUCCAGGCAUCAUUCGAAAUUGCUGGACAAGAGAUAUAGAGACAUCAUGCGCUAAUUCGUCUUAUUUUCAUUGUAAUCAAUCCUUGAAAUGUAUUCCAUAUAAUCGUGUUGGAGAUGGAAUAGCCGACUGUUUUCAUUCAGAAGACGAAUCAUUUAAUGCAUGCCAUUUGAACGAUUCAAAUCGAUUUACUUGUGAAUCGAAUCCAAAUCAAUGUCUAUUACCUGUUGCAGUUGGUAAUGGACUGUCCGAUUGUCCUCAAGGAGAAGAUGAAUUAUAUGCAUAUACAUCUAGUUUAGUCAAAUUAAUGCCAUUUCCAGUUUUAUGCAAUGGCGCAGAUGACUCUAAAACUUCUCAAUUGGAUGUCACUGAAACCGACGAAACCAAUUGUGAAUGGUGGCCAUGCAAUAAUCCAUAUACUCGUUGUGACAAAUUUCCACAUUGUUCAAAUGGUAUUGAUGAAUUAAAUUGUCCUAACACACCAUGUUCUUUGAAUGAACAUGAAUGUGAAAACAUAUUGCUUGGAUUAUCCUAUUGUUUACCUCUUAAUCAUAUCUUUGAUAAAUAUAUCGAAAAUUGUAGCGAUCCAUUAGCUACUCGACAAAUCUACUUUUACAAUGGAACACAGAACAUAAAUAAUGAUUAUUUGUCAUGGAACAAUACGAAAUGUGUCACUACAAACGAAAUUUGUCGCAAUUCUAAUUUUUCAUCAAUAUCAAAAGCACAGCCAGAUGUAUGUCUUCAUGCGUGCAUCCAACCGAAUUCGAUGUGUAGAAUAGCUGUUCACGUUCUUGAAAAUACUGAAUACUUAUGCGAUCUUAAAUCCAGAGGACGUUCCUAUAUUUUUUCUGAUCUAUUUUUAACAGCCAUACGAUUUGGUGACUUUCCACCAAUAAACACUAAUCAUUCUAUUCCAAACAUUUCUAAACAUAAUCAAGAAAAAAGACUCAUUCCAAAGACUGAUCCUAAUUUCAUUUCCUAUUGUCAUCGUGGUAUUGCCGUAUUACAUAGUAUCAAUCAAACGAAAAUAUGUCUUUGUCCACCUAAUUAUUUUGGUUCUCAGUGUCAAUGGCAAAAUCAACGUAUUAGUUUAACUCUUCAAUUUCUUUGGCGUAGUACUGCAUCUAUUACUGUUAUAUUUCAAGCAAUUAUCAUGCUUAUUGAUGAAAAUGGACAAAUUGCACCUAAUUUUGAACAAAUAACAUAUAUGCCUUCUCGUGAUUGUGAUACAAAAUUUAACAUCUAUUUACUUUAUCCAAAUCGACCAAAAAAUCUUUCUCAUAACUAUUCAAUUCGUAUUGAUCUUUUCGAAAAAACAAACUUAAACUAUUGGUCUAGUUGGUAUUUACCAAUAUCUUUUCUAUUUUUACCUGUUAAUCGAAUCGUUAGCCAAUUACUCAUUCCGGAUAUACAACAAACAACAUCAUGUUCUCUUUCAUGUGGAAAACAUGGAAAAUGUAUGCAAUACAUAAAUAAUAAAUCCUUAUUUUAUUGUCAAUGUAAUCAAGGUUAUUAUGGUACUCGAUGUGAAAUGUCAUAUGAAUGUAAUUGUUCAAGUGAUUCAUAUUGUCUUGCUCCAUUUAUAUGUGUAUGUCCAUUAUAUAAAUUUGGUACUCAUUGUUAUUUAAAACAUUCAAUAUGUCAAUUAUCACAUAAUCCAUGUAAACACAGUGGACUUUGUGUACCAAAUGAUGAUCGUAUUGAUUUAACAGGAUUUACUUGUUUUUGUUCACAAGAUUAUUCAGGUGCAAGAUGUGAAAAUACAAAUAAUCAAAUUGAUAUACAUUUACCUGAUAGAAUAAUAGAACAAACGUCGUUUCUAUUUAUACAUUUAAUUACAGCAAUUAGAAAUGCCGAACAUCAACGAACAACUCUUAUGAAACAGAUUUCUUAUAAUCAAAAUAUUCUAAGACUAUAUGUAUCACAACCAUUUAACAUUCUUUUUCUUCAAAUACCAAAUCAAUACUAUUACUUAGGAAUACUUCGAGAAAUGUUUAUACCUUCAGAAAAUAUUUAUACUAAAAUCAAAUUACGUCAACGUUGUUUCUCUAUUGAUGAACUUCUUAAUAAUACAUUGAGAAACUCUGGAUAUCUUCAUCGAACUAAAUAUUAUCCACUUUUAUGUCGACAAUAUUUACAAAUGAGAUGUUUUUAUGAUAAUGAUCUUCUAUGUAUAUGUGAUAUUGAUCGAUUUUCUAAUUGUUUUUUCUUUAAUCAUACAAUGAAUUAUGAUUGUCAAGGUUAUAAUUAUUGUGAAAAUGAUGGUCAAUGUUUUCAAAAUAAUGAAACAUGUCCAACAAAAUCAACAUGUGUAUGUCAAGAUUGUUAUUAUGGUGCUAAAUGUCAAUUUUCAACUAAAGGUUUUCUUUUUUCACUUGAUCCAAUUCUUAGUUAUCAUGUAAAACCAAAUGUUUCACUUAUUCAUCAACCAUUAAUUAUUAAAAUAAGUAUUAUUAUAAGUACAAUAAUGUUUAUUUUAGGUUUGAUUAGUGGUCUUUUAUCAAUUCUAGUAUUUCAUAGAGUAAAACCAAGACAAGUUGGUAGUGGAUAUUAUCUUUUAGUUUCAUCAAUUACAUCAAUAUUUAUGAUUAUUGUAUUAACUAUUAAAUUUUGGCAACUUAUACUUUCACAGAUGUCUUUGAUAAAUAAUCGAUCAUUACUUACUUUUAAUUGUAUUUCAAUAGAUUUUGUUCUCAAAGUUUUGUUAGCAUCAAGUGAAUGGCUCAAUGCAUGUGUAGCAGUUGAAAGAAUGAUUAGUGUUAUUCAUUAUACUAGCUUUAAUAAAAAAAGAAGCAAACAAUUAGCAAAGUUGAUUAUUUCAAGUGUAUUUCUUGUUACAAUAAUUACACAAAUUCAUGAUCCUAUUCAUCGUCAAUUAAUUGAUGA